CUCCUUCUCAUCCCCGUUUAGUUUGUCGCUCUCUGGCCAGUUACUCCGACUCUACUUUGUCUUCGGCAAACCGAAGAAGUGCUCGCCGAAGUCCCAGCCAUGGAAGAAGAUAAUAUAAUAAUGCCUGUUUGACCAACGGAGCUUGUCCAAGAUGCCAGGCCUUUUGUCCAACCCUGUGUGUCUCACAGUCAUCUGGUUUUUGUCUUGGUCGCUGCAUCCCAGCUAUGCUCAGAUUUGGACCGAUGAAGUGUCGGAUGUACAGUAUGGGCGUUUGGACUCCAACGUGACACUGGCAUGUGGGAAGUCACAAAUCAGGACCCCCGUGGUGUGGCAUCACAACCACAGCUCAGUUUUUUUGUGGCACCAAGUGACAUCGAAUGGAAGCUUGUCCCUGUUUCAUGUAGACCAAUCAGCACAAGGGAACUACAGCUGCUAUGAUGACAGCGGGCUCCUCCUCCAUUCUGUUACACUCAGAUUGGGCUAUCCCCCGGGACAACUGAGCAUUUCCUGCCAAGUACCCAAUCAUACACACGUCCGUUGCUCCUGGAGGCAAUCUAUAAAAACAUUCUUGCCUGCCAAGUACAACGCCUCCAUCAGGGGGAAGGAGGGGGAGUGGAGGGAGUCUAGGCCGUGCAUCGUGGACCUCACCAACAAGCACUGUGAUGUUCAAGAUCCUUCUUACUGGCAGACCAUCCACAGAGUUGGAGUAACAGAGACCAACGCUCUCGGGUCCCACACCGACUUUGUGGCAAUCAGGCUGAGCAAGCUUUUGAAACCAGACCCCCCACAGGCUGUGUCUGUGCAAGAAGUGGAAGGUUAUCCAACGAAGCUAAGGGUUUCAUGGAAAAAUCCAACUUCCUGGCCAGACGACACUUUUUUCCCCCUGCUGUUUCAGGUUCGAUACAGACCACAGGGCUCCCACCACUGGUCAGAGAUCUCCACAACGUAUGAUGAAUUAGAAAUAUCCGACGCCCUUGCAGGGCACAGCCACCAGGUACAGGUUAGAGCCCGCGAUGAUGUGGACUCGGAGAGCCAAUGGAGUGAAUGGAGCCAUCUGAGUGUCCUUACACCCUGGCAAGCAACCUACACCACCCCCGACCCUUCAGAGGACCCCACCUUUUUUAAUCCCUUCAGCACGGAGCCUGUAGCCACCUACGAGACCCGUGGUUUACAAGGGGAUGAAGGUAAUUUGGGACUGGUCAUCCUCUUGGUUUUGUUCUCCAUCUUCAUACUCACCACCGUCCUAUCCUUGAUUUUUGUUAUAUGGUUGAGGCAGAAAAGGCAUGAUCAUGCCACCAAACAAGAACUCGCCUCUAUGGUCAAGAUGAAAUCUAUACCAAUCUAAUUGGACUCUUAUUUUGCAGCCUUUAAGGUUUGUUUGAAAUGUCCACAACCUGUCAGCUUCAGCAGUGAGUAAACAUCACAUCACCUACAUCACUGUGAGGCGUUGACCCUCCACAUUAAGCUAAAUUAUGAUCAGAGCAUUACUCCAUCCUACUUCGAGGAUGGCAGGGACAACAGCCGAAAGGAGAGUUGCUAUUUACCAGAUGACUGCAGGGUGACGUUUUGGAAGCAUUCGCUGGACUAAUUCAGUGACAUCCAUUAACUAUACUACCCAUAAUGCAUCAUCAGGAAAACCUGAGACCAAAUUCAGUUCAUCAGAACGAAGAAACAGCACCAGGAAAAUUCUCCUUCCACAAAUAAUGCUGCUCCGGGUGGACGGACUCUUUGUGCCUUUUGAAAUUUUUAGCAAGGCCAUGGGACGAGAAUUUCAGCUGCCAAACACAAGAACAUAGGAUUUUAUUGUGGAACUGCUUGGCUCUUUCUCCCCACCUAGAAUGUCAGUUUCAUUCAUUUAUUAUAUGAAUCUCUUCUUUUGGAUGGACAGAAUCAUUCUUACAUUGACAACCUCAAUGCUGUGAAGGAAGCAAAAGCUCUGCCAGUCUGGGUGAGUGCGAGUCUGACGCCAAAAAAAAUAAAAAACAGCAACAAUGGGCAUUACGGCCUCUGUAUGGGGGAUUAAAAAGUCCGUCGGUAACUCGCUUUUGACUCGAGGGACUUUUUUGGUUUGGAGAAUCGGGGUCAAGGGCGAACGGUUGGGUUGUAAGAAUUUCUUUGUGGUUUAUAAAGAACGAUUUUAUGUUGCAUGAUACCAUGUCUUGCAUGAAUGGUUUUACAUUGCAUGAACUUGUUACGUUGUCUGUCACUUUAAGUACACGUAUUCUCUUGUUGUUUUAUGUACUUUAUCCAUCCAUGAACGAUUUCUAUUUAUGUGACUGAGGAAGAGUGAGGGUCACUGGCCUUUCACAAAUCACCAGCAUUAAUUUGUCACUUAGUUAUAUAUAAAUAUCUAAUAUAGUCAAAAUUAGGGAUAGAGUUUAACCCUAACCCUUAUAAGAGAAGUUAAAUCCAGUCUAACUGAUUCAAGUCUAGUUUAACCUAAACUUUCUAAAUAUUAACAUAUAGUAAAAAAAA